AUGUCAAUCAAGCUUUUAGAACACAAGAUGAACUUCCAGUAUGUCUUCUUGGGGCAUAUUCCUGUUUUGUUCCUGAUAAACUAUGUUAAUGCAGCAAAGACAACAUCCAGUGUCAAUUUACGUACUUUCAUUGGCUGUGCGGUGAGAGAGUUCACUUUUUUGGCAAAGAAACCUGGAUGCAAGGGAAUGAGGAUUACAACAGAUGCCUGUUGGGGGCGUUGUGAAACAUGGGAGAAACCUGUUUUGGAACCACCUUACAUUGAAGCACACCACCGUGUCUGCACCUACAAUGAGACAAAACUAAUCACAGUCAAGCUACCACACUGUUCACCUGAUGUUGACCCCUUUUACACGUACCCCAUGGCAAUAAGAUGUGACUGCGGUGUGUGUUCUACAGCUAAUACAGAGUGUGAAACACUUUAGCUUCUACAAAUGUUUCUGAAUGAGGGAAAGCACUGUUAAAUGUAUUCAUCCAGUUGAAUGUCUCUAUAUCUGUUAUUAAUACCCAGUCAGCAAAACAUAAAAACGUUAUAUUGUAGUAGAUAGUUUAGUACAGCAUGGUCAAGAUGCCUGCCAAGCUUUAUUUGGAAGUAUGAGGUUUCCACAGCUCAGAUUUGGCAUGAUAUGCUUGAACUGAAUUAUUCCAGGUAACUGGUUCUCAGAUUCACAUUAAGCCUCCUUAAAACCAAGUAUAUGGGGCCCCUUCAUGCAAAUGGCAUACUAUACAGAAGGACACCAGCAUCACUCUUCUCAAAACAUGUUUGGAAUAAACAAGAUUUGGAUUAGCACAAUAUUUUUUCACUAAUGAUUUGCAGACAAAUACACACAUUUACAGGCAAUUAUCCUUUUACAUUUAGCCUAAUUCCAUAUGAAUUAAUAUCACAUCAUUAACAAAUUAAGUAUAGUGCAUUUAAAACUUGUUUGUGCCUCUACUUAAAAAAUCCCUGGUCUUCCUGGUUGACUGAUCUUACCAUCUAAAAAAAUGUAUCUGCACUCUGUCUACUGAGUGGUCGAUGCAAAAAAAAAAGU